AUGUAUGGAAGCAGAAGAAAUCGGUUGUUGUCGGCGCCGGAGGGGGAGAUGAGUGGGGCAGGAGCGCCGGACUUCUUCUACAGAGAAGCUCAACGUCUUGGCUAUGUUGCUCGUUCCGCUUUCAAGCUUCUACAGAUUCAAAAACAGUACAAGCUCAUCAAACCAGGCUCCUCUGUUCUUGACCUAGGUUGCGCGCCUGGUGCUUGGCUUCAGGUCGCUUGCCAAAGCUUAGGUCCGCUUAAAACUGGUGGAAAUGUCGUCGGUGUGGAUAUAAAGAAGGUGAGGGUUCCUCCACAGUGUGAUUUGCGAGUGCAAACCAUUUGCGCCGAUGUUUUAAAUUUCCCAAGACAGAAGAUUAGGGAGUUAUCGCAUCAGCAAAUGGGAUUUUCAGUCGUUCUUUCAGAUAUGUGUCACUCGGUAUCUGGAAUUACCACUAGAGAUGCAGCACUGUCUGCUGAAUUGGGAAUGCGAGCCCUUGAUUUGGCUGUUGGUCAAGCUGCUAUCUCUCAGUCACCUGAUGAUAGUGGUGGCGAGGAGGAAAGUCGUUGUGGUGUACUUAAGCACGGAGGUCAUCUUGUCAUCAAGCUUCUAGAAAGCGAGGAUGCUCAAGAUUUUGCCAAAAUUUGCAAGCCCAUCUUCCGCAAGGCAUCUUGGUUGAGGCCAAAAGCUACAAGAUCAUCAUCUCGAGAAAUCUACUUGAUUUGCCAGGGUUUUCUAUGA